UACACAUGAAAAGCAUACUUGCGUGACCUUAAAACGAAGCAUACAUAGCUCAGUUCUAAGUGAUUGUUGGUCAAUAAGAUCUCAGGUGUGUUCAGCCAUGCGUGUAGGGCUUUGCAAGGAAAGGUUUAUCCUCCAGGACACAUUGCCAUGACACACACAGGAUUACCACUCAUAUACAUGUAGUCUCUAUGUAUUUUAUUUUGCCUUCCUCCACUGGAGUACUAGACUAACGGAUCUCCUGUGUGCUGACUUAUCGUUUCAUUUGUAAGAAAAUGAGUUUGGAAAGAAAGACUUUAACGGGAAUAAGCUAUUGGGGUUGUGACAAGUCGCCAUGUUGUCCAGCCGCAUCCCUGUGAAGGUCGAACCAAAACGAAACAGCAUCAGCAACGCUGUCGGAGCUACGUACACCAGCCGGAACGGAAGUAUCGCCAGUUCUGGUACGCAAAAUAGCGCAGCGGAAACGGAAACAGUAGAAAAUGGCAGCCGGGAGAGUACAAAAUAUGGAUUUACGAAUCGGACAGUUGGAACGGAGACACGGAUUAGUAAUGGUAAUGGAAGUGGGAGUCACAGGACUUCUAUUCAGAGUGUGGAAGCAGACGAGAAGGCAGUUGAUACAAAAUGUGGCUACAAGAACUGUCAACCGAACUGUUUGCAGAGUUGCAAUAACACCAAGGCCGCACUGGCGGUCCUUAGCCUCUAUGCAUUGAUACAAGGUUUCGUCGUCAAUGGCAUAUUGAAUGUGAACGUCACUCAAGCAGAAAGGCGGUUCGGCUUGUCCAGCCUUGAGUCCAGUGUGGUCAUUAGCUCAUACGAUGUGGCUGCAGGCAUCUUCGUCAUCCCUAUUGGUUACUAUGGACGCCUCGGACACAAGCCCCGCUGGCUAGCAACCGCUUGUUUACUCAUGGGCAUCGGGUCUGGCAUCAUGUUCUUACCCCACGUAACCACUGGACCUUACACGAUUGGUGAACGAACGACAGAUCUCUGCCGAGCUGACAACAAGGAUGUGUGUGGUGACCCAGGCCUCCGUGGCUACCUGGGUGUGUUCAUUCUGGCGCAACUACUUCACGGUAUAGGGGGCACUACCCUCUACACCCUGGGACUCAUAUGGCUUGACGAUAACGUCGAACUUCACCAAGCUUCCUUGUAUUUCGGAAUCUUCCAAAGUGCGACUGUGAUUGGGCCAGCAUUGGGAUUCAUGGUGGGAGGAAAAUUUCUCGAUUUUUACGUCGAUUUUGAUACCGUCCCUCAAAAGGAUGUUACUAUAACCGCAGCCGACCCCCGAUGGGUAGGGGCCUGGUGGCUCGGUCCAUUAGCUUCUUGUUUCUUCGCCAUAUUCUGUAGUCUUCUCCUCUUCUGCUUCGGAUGGGAAAUGCCAGAUGCGGCCGAGACUCGAAAGACACGUGUCUCGAUGGCGCACGCAGACGGUACUGAGGAAACCGCAACGAGGCUAGGAUUUGGCAUGACCUUGAAGGACCUUCCCAAGUGUACAUGGCUACUCCUAAAAAAUCCGACAUUCAUGUGUUUAACCGUUUCCAUGACAGCGUUUUUUAUGGUCACCGGGGGAUAUGGAGCGUUUUUACCUAAGUUUAUAAUGAACCAGUUCAAUACGGUGGCUUCUCAGGGUGCUUUUUAUUUUGGUGCUGUCGCCAUCCCGGCGACUGCAGGGGGUCAACUACUUGGCGGAUUUAUAUCGUCAAAAUAUAAGUUAAAAGUGCGCGGAUUAAUCCGUUUGUCGUUUGUAACUGCGAUAGCGUUGGUGUCGACGCCAGUGAUGAUGGCGAGGUGCACCCCUGCUGCAGCGGCGGGCAUCAACACGUAUUAUGGAAACAGCUCACUCAAAAUCAACUACGUGAACUUGUCGGGCCCCUGUAACAGUGACUGUCAGUGCGGCCUGUUCGUGAGGGAGCCCAUCUGUGGCUACGAUGGCGUGGAAUACUUCAGCCCCUGCCACGCGGGAUGUCGCAAUAGUAUGCAGACUGCCGCCGGUGAAAAGCUUUAUAUCAACUGUUCAUGUGUGGCGGCCAACCUCAUGUCCAAGAAGGUGCACAAGGAGGCCUCGGCCAGCCUCGGCAUCUGCCAGUCAGAGUGUAACCUCCUGCCUGUCUUCCUCGUUCUAGUGUUCAUCUUAGCCUUCUCGCUGGCCGUGGCCAACACGCCAAUGAUCACUGCUACCUUAAGAUGCAUUCCUGAUAACCUGAGAGGCUACGCCUUAGCCGUCCAAUGGGUUUUUAUCAGAUUCUUUGGGACCAUUCCUGGACCACUUUUAUUCGGAGGCACCGUCGACAACUCGUGCAACGUUUGGCAGAACAAAUGCGGUACGCGGGGCUCCUGUUGGCACUACGACAGCUUCAAGUUCGGGCUGACAAUGACGUUAUCUGCGCUGGUUAUAGGAAGCGUUAGUUUCCUGUUCCUGGUUCUGGCUCAAUGUUUAUAUAAACCGCCGCCUGUGACGGACACCCCCGCGGUUGAGAAUGGAACGGUCGCGUAUAUCAAAGAUGGAGACGCAGCUGCUGUGCGCACCAACUCUCAAUCUAACAGGCGCGGGGAGGAUAAUGCAAGUUACGUGUCUGAUUGAAGAAUAGCUAAUCAGCAUACCUCAUCACAGUGAUCUCAUCUAAUUAGCCGAACAUGCGCAGUUUGUGCACCUGGUUCCAGUGACGCAGAUUCCGCUUCCAGACGAACAUUUCCCGCCAUUUUCUGACGCCAUUGUCAGUCAUAUCGGAAGCAUCAAGGUGAUCCUGCACUGACCUGAAUGAUCUCAUGGACAGAGCAUAAUAUUAGUGCUUGGUUUGAUCUCAAGGUCAAGGGCAAACAUUUCACACCAGGUCAUAUGUGAUGUCAUCGUCGGCCAUAUUGGAAACAUAUCAUGGCCAUUCAUUGAUCUCGGGUUCGAAUACGCAUAAUAUAUGAAAUGAAGAUACACUGAAGCAAAUAGUCAUGUGACCUUAAUGCAUUAAGACAUUAUAUCUCACACUGGUUGACUGAUCAUGUAUUCACAGACUUAGAUGUAGACUUAGAUGACACUGCACCGUAACUUCAAUUUGGAGUAACCAGCGCUGUACGAACUUUUGAUAAUAUAAGACAUUUUUAUUCUUACAUAUCUUCCAAGUAGCGCAACAUUAGUCUCACGAAGCACAUACCCAGAAAACGCACUCCACUGGUAGCUAACUUGUAAAUCCAUUUGUGAUUAUUUAUUCGGUAGAAUAAUAAAUAGACAUUAGACUGAUGCACUUUUUAAA